AUGGACGCCGACGCAGAGAAUCCGCUCGUUCAAGCCCUGCCUCCGGCUACCGACUACCUCACCUAUCUGACACUCCUUGAAUAUCAACUUACCCCCGAACGCCUGCCACUGCUGCACCGGCUCCUUCAAGAUGAAAAGCUUACUACCAACAUCGGUUGGGAUCUUGUUAAACUCCUCCUCCCAAUGCUGCCAGCAUCUACAGACUGUCUUCAUGAUGUUGCAAGACUCGGAAAUCCCCGAGAGGUGAUUUUGCGAGUAUCCGAGGCCCUGAUGCAGCUGCAGCCAGAAGACGAGGAUGAGGAGGACCUCGCAGACGACAAAUCCGACAAGCGCCUUCCAGCACACAGCCUCCAAUUCAAUUGUUUGUUGGCGAUGUUGUCGGAACUUCAUAACCGCAUUAAGACCAAAUCCCCGAGCCGUUUCGUUGCGACCUCGCUUCAAGCGGCCUUAGAAGCCUACACGUCCAUGCCGAGUGACGAGACGACCUUGGCCUUCCUCGAGUUCUUGCGAGACAUCUCCCCAAAAAAGCGACCAGCCCCACCCCCACGAUCCGACAGUCAAUCGGCCGUUCUGCGGGUGAAUUCGAUCUCGUCCGCUCCAGACCCAGAAGCAGAGGGGGCUCCGGCCGUAGCCAAUGAGGCCAUCCUGGUUGAAAAGUUCCUCCAGUUCGGUCUAAUCGAAGUACUCAAAGUAUAUCUGCUGAGUCACUCAGGUCCAAUGGACCCAGGGAUGUCUUGGACGGUUCGGAUGCAGGAGCACUUCCACCCAGCGUUGAAGUUGCCUGAACAGUCCCAGUCAGAGGCGUAUACCGCCACCACGGAGUUGAAGGAACGUGAUAUGAUCAUGGGGAAGAUAGUGGCUCUAUCGCGCGAUUUUGGAAUCGAAUCUGCCGACCUCGUAUCUAUCAUUUCCAGCUCUCCUGAUAGCCAGCCUCAAAUCCUCGACUUUGAUGAGCCCACCACCUCCGCAAACGAGAUCUCACUGGAGCGUCAUGGCUCCUUGUUGCUUCUUGCAGCUCGCACUGCAGGUUCAACUUUAUUCAGAUCUGGUGAAUCUGUACCGAGGAUACCCAUCUUCCCCGACCUAGCCUUGAUUUACAAAAACUUCCUGGGAGAUACCGAAAGCUUGGACGAAGUUGCUUAUGGCCAGCCGCAAGCCCUUAUCGAUUCGCUCUUAGCCUUGACUGUCUUCGCCUUACAAGAACCAACUACCACACCAUCCAGCCACGCCGAGUUCAAAAACUUUGUUAUCACUUUGACAGGCUGUACUUCUAACAAGGAAUAUGGUAUUGUGCGCCAAAUUCCCGCGACCAUUGUACACAGCUACCCAUCUACAACUGCGCGUUUCAAACUCAUACAGACAAUUCUGGAAGAUGAUCGUCUCCAGUCCGCCCGAGAUAGCGCUGUUUCAUGGUUGAAAGAUGAGAUAAUCGGUGCUACCUCGCCUGACACAAUAUUCCAAGACCCAGUCUACUUCUGGUCUCUUUUCCCACUCCUCUUUAAGACGGCCAGAGUUGCUGCGUCCACUAAGCUCAUAGAUGGCUGGAUCAGCCUAACCCAGACCGAGGGUCCUGCUCUCCACUCCGCACUGAAUCUCUACUUUUUACUCCUCUCUUCCCCUCUCCGGGAUCAACUUCAUUUAGAAAAGACAGUUCUUUUCUUCCGUAGCGAGGUACUUGCUCCUCUGCGGACCUUGUUCCGCACAUUUGAGGCGGAUUUUACUUCCAAGGGCGGCGAUGGAAUUGUGGAGGCGGCAGUUGGAGUAGAGAUGUCUCAGGUUGGCCUUUCUCGGUCCCUAGGGUUGAUUGGGCUCACGCUUGAUCAAAUUGAAGAUGCGAUUAGUGAGGCUUAUGGAACAGAUGAUGCGGAUUUGACAAGCUACUCUGAAGCGGAGGAGGCCAAGGCAGCAGAAAUUCGGCAAGAAAGCGACUUUUGGAAAUAG